AUGAGAUGCCCUACGAGUCUGAUGGCCCUCGUGGCCAGUGGUUUGUCUGUGGUUGAGGGUGUUGUGAUUCAUUCUAGGGCUCUCCCUGGAGUGAAGGUUACUUACCAGGAGACCACCAUCUGCGAGACAACUCCCGGCGUCAAGGGUUACAGUGGCUACGUCACUCUCCCUGCUUCGCUGGACCCUGCCAUCCCCUUCGAGAGCAACAUGUUCUUCUGGUUCUUUGAGUCCCGGAAAUCCCCCACAACUGCACCGAUCACCUUGUGGCUUCAGGGCGGUCCCGGAUCGGCCAGCAUUGACCAGGCAGUGAGCGGUCACAACGGUCCCUGCUCAGUCAACGCGGACUCCAAGACGACCACACUCAACCCCAACAGCUGGAACACGGUCUCCAACAUGAUCUACAUCGACCAACCCGUGCAGACUGGCUUCUCCCACGACGGUGUGCUCAAGGAGGGUGUCUUGGAUACCCAGACUGGCGACAUCAACGUGACCAACCCGGCCAACCCAACCAAUUGGCUCACGGUCAAGGGAACCUUUCCCAGCGGCGACCAGACCCGGUUGGUCAACACGACCAGUACGGCGGCUAGGGCCAUCUACCACGCCAUGACGGCCUUCUUCGACGAGUUCCCGCAGUACCACCGCGACAAGAUCAACGUCUGGUCUCAGAGCUACGGCGGCCACUAUGCGCCCGCCAUCGCCUCGCUGAUCAACCAGGAGCAGGCGAAGCCGGGCAGCGUUCUGGGGACCUCGUCCAAGAAGAUCAAGAGGGCCACCACUUCCUUUGGCGUCGACUCGAUCGGUAUCAUCAACGGAUGGGUCGACCAUCUGACACAGGCCCCAUUCCUCAUGACCUACAACAACAACAACUCGUACGGGAUCAAGUCGUACUCGGACGACGUGGCAAAGAACCUUUCGGCCCAGUUCAACGCUGCCGGCGGAUGCAUGGAUCUGUCCAAGCAGUGCCGUCAGCUCAUAGUCGACAAGGACGCCGCCGGUUUCGCCACCGACCCCGAUGUUGUCAACACGUGCUACAGCGCCUCCAUCGCAUGCCUGACCGUUAUCGGCGAGAACGACGCCGCGUCGGGCCGCAACACCUUCGACCUCGCCCAGGUGCUCCCUCUCGGCUUCCCCUACCCUUACGAGGUCGGCUAUCUCAACGAGCCCAGUGUCAUGAGCGCCCUGGGCGUCAAGUUGAACUACACCAGGUCCAACAACGCCGCCACCAACUACGUCCUGGGCUCCGGUGAUCUGAUCCGGCCGUACAACGACGUCGUCGGCCAGCUGCUGGACCAGGGCGUCAAGGUUGCCCUGGUCUACGGCGAUCGGGACUGGCGCUGCAACUGGGUGUCGGGCGAGGCAGUCAGCCUGUCGGUCAAGUACAACGACAGCUCCAAGUUUUCUGCUGCGGGCUACACCGAUGUCAAGGUCGGAAACGGUGUUGCCGGAAAGGUGCGCCAGCACGGUCUGUUCAGCUUCACCAGGGUGUACAACGCCGGUCAUGAGGUCCCCAUCUACAAGCCCGCCGAAGCACUCGCCAUCUUCACGCGCACCAUCCAAGGCAAGGACGUCGCCACAGGAGAGUCUGAUGCAGCAGGAUUCACGUCAUCUGGCCCAUCUUCGGUCUUUGACGUCACGGUCAAGGCCGACCCUAUUCCCGCGCCUCUGUGCUACGUCCUCGAUGUUCCCAUCAACCAGCGCUGCACAGCGGACCAGAUCAGCGCCCUCGGGAACGGAACGGCUGUCGUCAAGGACUACAUUGUCAGCUAA